UGCUAGGCAAGAGAAGUCUUCUUGGGGUAACCGGAACCCGACCGGCUGGCGGCGAGUAGAACCACCUUUUUUCCAACAAUCUUCUGUGCGUGUGUGCGGGUGCACCACUUCCGCCACGCAUUGCCAGAAGUUUCGAGUUCGAUAGACAGUGCAUCGUUUCUUGGCCCACCCACCGUUUUUCUUUUUCCGUACUCCGGAAGAAAAUUAGGUGAGCAGCGGGUUUGAACCCGUGUCUUUUGCAACCAAAAGCAGACACCUGACAUCUCUUGUCGAUGCCAUUGUGGAAAAGAGAGUUUCGUCCUCGACAGACGUUGGGGAGUUUCAACCUUUAUGAAGGUGUUCUCCACAAUUUUCUAUUUAGUAUUUAGACUAGUACCUGACGCACAGCAGUGCCGAACCAACUCCACCACUACGCACGCCUCGCGGCGGGUGCGCCGCAGCAAGAAGGUAUCGGUCCCCUGAGGGUCCGCUGUUCUCGUCGCUCUNCCCCCACUGCCCAAAAGGUCGAAAAAUUCAACAUUUGUCGAAAGAAAGGAGGAUCAAGAUAUUUUCGCCAUAAACAGCAGUGGUCUUAGGCGGUCCUUUGGGCUGGGGGCUGGGGGUGCGGAGCGGAGGUUCUUUUUGGCAUCCAUAUUUUUUUGUGGAACUUCGAGAUUCACCCAUCCACCCGUCGUUGACGUCACGGUCGACCUUUGUGAUCUACACUUUUCGUGAUCUACCGUUCUGCCCCUGCCCCGCCCUCCCACAAAACGAUUUCAUGUUGAUUUUCGUACCGUUGCAUCCCCCCCUCUCUCGAUUGCCAAGGAGGACCAGAGGCUCGGCAUCGAUCCUGUGAGCAACGCUUCGCUCAAAGGAUAGAUAGAUCUCCGACGACCGGCAUAGCACGCGGAGACUUUCCGGAGACGAGCCCUCUUUUUUCGCAAACCUGCAGGCGACGUGCAGUCAGCCCACGACACUCACCCGGACCCCGUAUAAGCCCAGAGGAGCAGACGACAAAGUCCAAAAAAAAAUGUUACCUGCGAGCAGAUCAUUAGCGAAGUGCAGGGGCAGACGACAGAACAUGGAGCUUGGCGGCAUGCACGGGUACUUGAGGGCGGACGGGGAGGAGGGCCGAGCACGUCAGGGGGUGGUGGGGGGCGGCGGAGAGGGUGGGGCUGGGGGGAAGGGGGGGCGGGCGUUACCGAAGAGCGGGGCGGGCCGGAGUGCCGCUGGCGGGGACGGGGAGGAACUUCGAGGCGACCACCUCGACGACCCGCUUAGGCGAGAGGCCGGCGGCGGCGGCGGCGGCGUUGCGCUUGUCAACGGCAGCGGCGGCGGUAGGACAAGCGUGAGGCCGACGGCGACGUCUUUCAACGCCAAGGGACCCCUGGCGGCAUGGCUGGACUCUCUGUCCCCGUCCCUCAAGUUCACCAUCCUCGUUAGCUGUGUCAUGGUGUCGUUCGGUCUCCAUAACAUCCUCCAGGCCAGUGCCAGGAGCAUGCAGGAGUCGCUCAUCCACAUGGAAGGUUUCAACUUCGGCUGGUCCCUCGGACUCCUAGAGGCUAUCGGCGUGUUGGUCGGGUCGAUGUUCGAGCGCGUCCAUGGGGGCGAGGGGGGGAAGAGGGUAGCGCCCUUCCGCAGCUACGUGGUUCUCGCUGGGCUGCUGGGCAUGUCGAGCUCGCUCUCGAACAUGGCCCUCAACUACAUCAAGUACCCCACGAAGGUAAUCUUUCGCUCCUGCAAGCUCAUCCCGACCAUGGCCAUCGCCGUGCUGUGGCGCAAGAAGAUCGUGUCCAGGUGGGAGUUCCUGGCGGCGUUUUCCGUGUGUGCCGGCCUCGUCAUCUUCGGGAAGGCCGACGCGAAGCUCGAACCAGACUUCGACCCUAGGGGGAUCGCGAUGGUGAUGCUUUCGGUGUGCGCGGACGCUUUCCUUCCCAACAUGCAGGAGCACGUCUUUAGCAUGGGGGCGUCUCGAGUGGAGGUUACCUUCUUCACCAACUCCCUCACCGUGCUCGGCAUGUUGCUGUCCACCGCCGCUAACGGUAACCUUGCUGAGUUUUUGAGCUACGCCGUCACCAGCAGCUCGGCUUUGUCGCACAUGCUGGUGUACGGCGUCAUGUCGCACGUAGCGAUCUCGGCGCACAUGAUGGUUUUGAAGGAGUACGGAGGCGUGACGGCGGUGCUGGUGGGGAACACGAGAAAGGCCAUGACCAUCGCCCUGUCCUUCAUCCUGUUUCCGAAGCCGUUCAGCUACCGCUUCGUGCUGGGAGGUGCGUUGGUCCUCGGGGGUCUGGCCGCAAACGUGAUAAUCAAGGAGCGCCGUAAAGCCACCGAGUCGGGGAGAAAGCAUCGGUCUCACGAGUUCCUUCCCCAGCUCGCUGUCAACGCCGGCAAGAUCAGCAAAGGCGCCGACGGCGGCAGCGGCGGCGGCGGCGGCGGCGGCGGCGGCGGCGGCGGCGACGGCAGCACCGCCUCCAUCGGAAACGGUAGCAGCAGCAGCUACGCCACCGGUGGCAACCACCGCCACCACUCCCGCUCGACGAAGGACCCCGCUUCCGAAAGUUUGCUACCUCCUUCGUCGGCGCCACUGAUGACCGGCGGCGGCGGCGGCGGCGGAGGCGGCGGAAUUAGCGUUGGCACCCCCUCCGACCGGCUUUCAUCGUCGAACCAGAAGAGGCAGCGUCAUCAGCAACAGCACGACACCGCCACCGGGCACCUGAAGCAAGGGCUGCUGCCAUCUUGGCGAGCGGCCGCGGCCUCGAGAAGCGACUGGCGCUCCAUGGAGAGCGGCGGCGGGGGUGCCCGCGAGGGAUAGCGUGGCGUCUGGCGAGGGGGUAGGGGUCUCGGUGCUUUAGCGUAGGGUCCGCGGUUGUUCUCGCGAGCGAUUCAGCGUCGCCAAAGCCGGAUGGAUGCCCUCGCGGUGGCCUUUGUGGGGGAAAAAUUAUUUUUUGGCCCUCCGUUGUCGCUUAUUUUCAUGCUCUAAACGUCUUGGCCGCCAAGAAGGGUCUGCUGGUGAGGACCGAUAAGGUUCAUCUGGGAGUUUUCGUCUUGGGGGCAGGUAGGCCUCACUCGGGUGAAGUACGGGGCCCCCGAUGGUUCGAGGUGCUUUGUUGAUUCUUUUUUUGUGCUUGUGAUGUCGUUCUGGGCGAGACACACGAUUUUGGGUACGUGUUCUCAUGUGGUCUCCCCUGUUUCGCUGGGUUUUGCUUCUUGUCUUCGCUCGAUCUCGUCGUGGUAUGUGUACAUUUUCAAAUUCCAGUUUUUAUAGUGCGCACAUGGGAGCCCCUUGGUCCGCAGAAGAGGGGCCGAUUCGUCCACGUGUACGUGGCUCGAAACGAGAAAGUCCGCUGUAGAGGCACUCCGGUGGUCUUCGAUUCUGGCGCUUCUUGGCUGAAUGCAAGGACUGUCUUUUGUGAACCUUGGCGGCGAAGGGGCCACUGUUUGUUGGGUCCUAUGUCGGGUCGUGUCGAUAGCCUUCGCGAGCACAUGAUGCUUGGCUUAACAGGGGGUACGUGGUGGGUUUGGGUGUUAGGGUUUGGGGUAGAAGCGCCCUUAAUAUAUUGUCACAGAUGAACACUAAAUUGCGAAGGCAGUCCGGUCGUCCCAGUAGCCACACGAUCACGAACCAUUCUUCCCAGUCGGCAGCAUUUCAACUUUUGCCGUGGCAGGUCGUUUGUUAGUAUUCAAGCGUAGCAUGGAGUAGCGACAAUUUCCCGCUGCGGCUUUGAUGCUGCUGCGCGCUGUCUCCCUUGCUGCGGCGUGCAUUCCGAACUUCCAAAGUUCGUUUUCCUGCUCGUUAUGGUUUUGUCUGUUGGCCACUUGACAGGAAAGAGUAUUUUUAUGUCGAUGUCUCCUGUCGUGUGAUGGAUACUUCGGUACUGCUGCUGUGUGCGGGAGUGCGCCGCCGCGGGCGGCGGUGAGCGUUGGCCUACGCUACCGUUGCGUACGUUAAGUUUGUUUGGGGGUCGCGCAUGCCUGGCGUUUGAUGCGAACGGCAUGGCACGCUGGUAGGCCACUCGUUUUUCUUACUUGUCUGAUUGCACCCGGCGGGCGUUUAUUGCGGGGUCGAAUGUUUUUUUGUCCUUGAUGUUUUGGGCGAUGUGUCCCGUGUGCGUUUCGUGGCACAACUGCCCCCCUGUACGCCACCUCACUGAUCCGGGUGCUACCGUCGGCGCUUCAAUCGGGGUGGACACACCCACACGCACACCUACACUGUUUCCUGUUGUACCUCACGCGUUUGCAUCGAAUCUGUGUUUGUUCGCGAGUGGUUGAGCGUACCUUGUUUUUUUACGUGUUACCGUCUUGUAUUCAAGUCUUGCUUGUUGGAGGUUGUUAGCUUGUGGCCGACCACGGAAUUUGUGUGAAUAAUUCACACCCUGUACAACUACUUUAGUUGUCAGUUGUCCGGCAGACAACUAUUUCUUGAACAAGCUGCGCCACUAGCUGCCUGCAGACAACUACUGUUGGGAAAAGCUGCGCAACUAGUUGUCCGCAGACAACUAUUGGGUAGUUGCUGCCCUGCACAACUAAAGUUGUAGUUGCCAGUUGCAGUUGUACAGGGUGUGGAAUAAUUGAAUGUGUUAGCUUGUGGCCGACCGCGGAAUUUGUGUGAAUCGGAGAGUGAGGAAAUGGAGGUGGGUGGUGGGUGGUGGAUAUUGCCACCAUGUAGAAGAGCUCAUAUCAUGGAGACAUCUGGUCUGGGGGACGCGGACGCCUUCCUCUUUGGUCACAAGGCUAAAGCGUGUGUCGUGCGUUUUGUUGUUAGCAUAAGAUUAGAUACCUCGCUAACCCUUUUGUGUGGGUGUUCGUCCUGUGCUGCUUUGGCGCAUGGCCCAUGAUUUUGCUUUUGUCUCAUUGUAAUGGUGAUUUGAUACGUUUUUGAACCACCCGUGUGAGACGGCUGGCCGCGAGCAUAAAGAAUGUCGUGCCACGGAUUUUCCCCAGCCAUUCUGCGAAAGCUAAGCGGCAGUGUGGAUGUCA